AUGACCAACGAAUUGAUUCUUUUGACCGGCGCAACUGGUUUCCUUGGCCAUCAUAUCCUGGUCCUCGCCCUACAAGCUGGAUACCGUGUUCGCUGCGCCGUCCGUUCAGCAAAGGGCAUUGACAAGAUUCUCGCCACCGAAAGCGUCAAGAAGCUUGCAGCCCUCACCCGGAAGAUCUCUUGGAUUAUCGUCCCUGAUAUUACGGCACCUGGAGCUUACGAUGAAGCUGUUAUUGAUGUCCAGUAUAUCAUCCACGUCGCUUCACCUGUAGGCGAUAUUCGAACUUGGGGCGAUUCAGCCUUGUCAGACGAAGAGAUCUUUGUCAAACCCGCCGUAUCUGGUGUCAUCGGCAUGUUGGAAAGCGCAGCAGCACAUAGCCCAACCUUGAAGCGCGUCGUCAUCACCAGCUCUGUUGUCGCGAUCUUCCCGACUAAACACUUCAUGGGCGAGACACCUCCUCAAGAUCACGUGUUUGACGCCAACUCGCGACUGGAGGAUGCAACUCCCCCAUAUCCUCCAGGAUUCGCCUAUCAAGCCAGCAAAAUUGCUGCUUUGAAUGCAUCGGAAGCCUGGAUGAAGAAGCACAGUGCCAAGUUCGAUGCCGUGAGCAUCUUACCAGCCUGGAUCUUUGGAACGAACGAGUUUGCCACCAAGGCCGAUGAUUUAAUGGGCGGAUCAAACGCGACCUUGCUCAACAUCCUGAAGGGCACAGAAUCCAAGGUUCCAGUCAACUCGGCUGUUGUUUCUGUUCAUGACUGUGCUCAGGCGCAUCUUUUGGCCCUUAACCCGUCUGUGGCAGGUGGUCAAGCCUUCAUCGCUGGCCAACUCGAGCGCCUCGAAGAUGCAAACGGCAUUGCACGCAAACACUUUCCAGAAGCUUUCACGAAGGGCAUCUUCUCCGACACAUGCCGACAAGCAACCACACGGAUUCCUCAAAAUGAUGACACGGCAAGGACUGUGCUGGGCUUGAAACUGCAAAGCUUUGAAGACGUGGUGAAAGAGGUCGCUGGUCAAUAUUGGGAAUUGUCCCAAAAGAUUUAG